AUGCACCAUCUCGAGCACGAGGUCAUUGCCGUGUCUGAGAAGGUGAUCGUGCGUCUGGAGGACCUGGUGAAGUGGACGGUACCAGACUACUCAGGAUGGGCCAACGGUCUGAAGGCAGAGCCCCUCAAACCCGCCGUGCUCCGGGAGCUGGGGACCAAUGGGAGGCGUGAGGCUCUCCACCGCUACAGGGAGAGCACUCUGACCAGCGGACUCAACUUCAAGGAUGUCCAGAGGGAGAGGACUCAGCUAGAAGUGGUGGCGGACAUCAAAUAUGAAAGGAACAUUGUUGGUUCUGCCCUGCUGUUUCUCACCAACUUCACUAAAGCAGCAGGGGGAUCCAGCCAAGAAGAGGAUGGACGGAAAGUUUUGGUCCUCAGUUACCCCCAGUACUGCCGCUACCGCUCGGUGCUGGCGCGGCUCAGGGAGCAGCCGUCCACUCUGCUCAUUGACCACACGGUGCUGGCGCUGGGCGGCAUCGCGGCGUUGGGCGGCAGCACGAGGAUCCUGUACUGCCGGGACACCUUCGAGCACCCCACCCUGCUGCAGAAUGAGAGCAUCUGCGACGAGUUCGCUCCCAACCUGAAGGGGCGACCUCGGAAGAAGAAGCUGUCCAUCUCUCAGAGGAGGGACUCCCAGGGUCAGGCUCAGGGUCAGAGCUCGUCAGGGUCGAGUCAGAGUUCAGCAGCUGUGGCAGCACAGGACUCCUCCAGCUCCGAAGGCAAAACUACAACCAAGGUCAGACCCAGCUGUAAAACGGUACCCAACGGAAAGAUAACCACGCCGGCCAAACAAAAGGUGACGGGCCUCUCCAGGAAAUCUUCAGCCGAGGAGAAGGACAGAGGAAAGGAGAAGGAAAAGGAGGAGAGGAGUGAGAAAAGUGAGGAGACAAAAGAUGAGGAAACAUCAGACGAGAGCCGAGCGGAGGAGCAGGCUUUCUUGGUGGCGCUCUACAAGUACAUGAAAGAAAGAGACACGCCCAUAGAGAGGAUCCCUUUCCUCGGCUUCAAACAGAUCAACCUUUGGACUAUGUUUCAAGCUGCUCAGAAACUUGGAGGAUAUGAGUUAAUAACAGUGCGCAGACAGUGGAAGCAUGUGUAUGAUGAAUUAGGCGGCAACCCCAGCAGCACAAGUGCCGCCACGUGUACACGGAGACACUAUGAGAGACUCCUCCUUCCGUACGAGAGGCAUGUAAAAGGAGAGCAGGACAAGCCCCUCCCCUUGACCAAACCCAGGAAGCAGGAGGGUGGCCAAGAGAAGGCCUCUACAACUGGAACUAAAGCCAAAGGAGUAGGAGCUAAGAAACUAAAAGUCCCCAACAAUCUGAAGCUGGGGAGUAAAAAGGACAGAGGGGAAAUAGUGAAAGGCCAAGAACAAUCACAGGACUUAAAGGGGAAAGAAGAGAAUCACGAGCUCUCCACAGCCAUAAAGGAAGAGGUGUCUCAGCAAGAUGAGCCCAUUUUAAUAGAAGAGGAAGAAUUACAUCUUACUCUGAAGAAAGAGGAGUCGUUGACGGUGGAGCAGCCGUCCGCGCUCUGCCCCAAAGAGGCAGACUGCAGAGCCCCACACGCUGCUCUGCCCUUCCACACGGGGCCCGGGGCCCAGCCUGAAUGGAGGCAGAUCAGUGAGGCCCUCCAGGUGAAACUCACAGAAGAACAGCAAACCGAAGGGCAUUUUAUUCCUAAAAUUCCAUACCUGCCUCAUCGUUGGGAUCAGACUAAACCUGCUGGACACGUUGCUCUGCCAGAGCCCUUUUCCAAGGUCAGAGACUCUAUUGAAACUCACGGCGGGAGAGUGGGGAAGGUGCUGCCCAUGUGUAAGCAGACAGAUGGACAGUGUAUAGAUUUGAGCACAGAUUCUUUCCCAGAGAAAGAUAACUAUGGCGUCGUAAGGAAGGAGCCUUCACAGAACCUUGGACAGACGGCUGCCUACUGCAAAGCCAGCCAAGGGGUCAUGUCUCCUUUGGCCAAAAAGAAGCUCAUCUCCAUGGUGUGUGAGUCCAACCCUUUAUCUUUUUCCUCUCUUCCUCUUCCGCCCCCUCUCCCCACAACUACAUCCGCGCUACCCGUCCUGUCCGUAGCUGAGCAGGAGAAAGACAAAAGAAAGACCGAGGAGGAGGCGGCGGCGGGACAGAGGCGCGGGUCGGGCAACAUCCCCGAGGUGGCGCCCAUGUUCAGGCCGUCGGUCAUCCAGCACGCACAGAGCAGUAAGCUUCACCAGCCGGCCGCCAGCGGCCCGUCCGAGAGGAGCACCGCCGGGGAGCUCUCGGACACUUUCAGCUGCCGGACAAAUCAUCAGCUCCCGCUCAAAGUCAGCGCACCGUGGCAGCCUUACCUCCCCCAAACCCAAGAUGCUGUGGAAAGCACAGGAGAGAAGCUCGUCCUCGGUCCGCCCGCUCAGUCCAGAAGCUACGCGGGCGACUGCUAUUCCUCCCCUCACCUCCACAAUCUGUACAGACAAACCGAGAGUUGCCUGAGCCAAGAGAGGAUGGCUGGCUUUGCCGGUGGGGAGCGGAGAGAGCACUAUAUCAGGGACCGCGAGGGAAGCCAGGGCUUUGUUUGUGGCACCCUGGAGCAGGAGGGCUUGGCCUACAGAUCUCACUACAGCGACAGGACUCAGACUCACGGCGAGAGCAGGGAGGCUGAAGACGAGCCCAGAGACUUCACCAUUUCUAAGCCCCUCUCUCAGAGGGUGCCCUCCUUCCCCAAGCCCACCUUCUGUAGUCUCCCUUAUUCCAUCAUGCAUCAGGGUUUGGAUUCCCACCCCAAAGCGUGCCGAGUUCCGCCCAUGACAAUCUCUCCCCCGAAACCGAGCUCGGCCGAGUCUUCGCAGCCAUUUCCCAGUCCCAAAGCUUCAGGUGAGUCGUCCCUCACCAGCCCCAUUCGCCCCAGUAAGCGGAGCCUGGUGGAGCCGGAGAGUGAAGACGCCCCCGAGAGGAAAGUGCGCGUCGUGACGCCGAUCCACCCCGCCGGCGCCGUCCGGCGCAGCGACCCGGAAGAGCUGAAACCAGCCGAGCCGGCCCACGCCAUUCACCUCAACAAUCAUCUCCCCGAGGGCCACCCCACCACCACCUUCCCCCCGCCCCACGCCGCGCCCCUGUACGCCGGCAUGUACCCGCACAGCGGCCUGGUCUCCCCCGGCGCCCAGGACGGACUCCAGCAGCAUCCAGGUCUCCAGUACCUGAAGAGCCAGUCCGCCGUGUCUCCGCUCGUGCCCCCCCUCGCCUUCCACUCCAUGAUGCUCCACAGGCAGCUGCUGGCCUCCAGCCCCAGUCCGCACCACUUUUACCGGCACCCGGGCGGGGCGGCGCUCUACGGAGACCUGUUGCACCACCUCUACCCUCUGUCGACUCUCCCGCCCCCUCAGCUGUCGUCGGUACACCCCAGCACCAGACUGUAGUGGAUAGAAAAGCUGUCUAUUCGUCGCCCUCCUUCAUCCUCACGAGACUGUGUCAGCUUCUUCUGUCUCCCUUUUUUUUCGGGGAUUGUGUGUCAGUCGAGACAAAACACUGAUUAGAACUCCAGCAAAUGACAGACAGAAAAAUUCCAUUUCUUCUUCUUUUUUUUUCUUUUUUAAAAUCGUCUUUUUUAUAUACUUUGCACUGUUCUCUAUUUUUAUCACCACUUACUGUAUCUUUUUUGUUUGUGUCGUUGCUGGUGUAUCCCUAUUUGCACAAUGCUCACAUGUAUGUGCUCACAGAUCAGUUUGCCGCUCUAUAACCAUGAGUCAGGUGGUUGCUCUGGAUGUGUGAAAAGUGGAGGGCAACAGAGAAAAGCCAUUUGUUUACUACGUCUGAGGGCUUAACUUUGUUGCCUAAAAACACUACAAGUAACAUGACAAUGAAAAUUAAAAUCUUUAUAUAACUAGAUGUGUGUUCAUCAUCGCAGACAAUGUUCGACAGUUCUUCAGCGCAUUAAAAAGUCUCUAGGCAGCCAGUGGUGUUGUAUCUGUUUACACGUCUCCACGCUGGACUCUUGUUGCCUAUUAGUGCCGCAGCAAAUCCAUCUGGACUGCUUGGAAUAGACAUUAACACUCACUGUGGUGCAACCUGAAUAGUUUUGCCAUGACAUAACAUUCAGAGGUGCUGUGUACAACUGAUGUACUGUAGAGUCACUUUUUACUCAGUUCAGGUUUUUAUUUGUCGUGUAUUUCAGUUCCGAUGCAGCAAAAACAGUCGUCCCCUUCAAUCCCUCGACAAAUCAUGAAUGUUUCUUUGCUCACAGUCAGUGAAAAGCUUGUUUGUUUUUACGCUUUCCAAAUUGAAAGCGAUUAAACCCCCAAUGUUUUUCGUGAUGAGCAGAUUGUCGCGGCUUGUUUUUUGUCUGUAGGACCAGCAUAAUGAAGCAGCCGUCUGCUGUGGAAUGCUCACCACAAAGAUCAGCACUUCAUCCUUUUUUUGUCCCUAACUUGAAAACCUUUUUCUUUUCGUGGGGAGUGGCAGACUUUUAUUUAACACCCUGAAAAGACUCCACAUAUGAUUUGAUAGGAAUGUUGUCACUUAGGAUAUUACUGCUUUGCAAAUAUCUGUGCCUUUUGCUGCCUUGGAUUAGAGUUAGCACUACACUUGUUAAGGUUUAUCUUGUGUAGCAGGGUAGGAAUAUCCAUAUUACUCUCUCAAGACACUCACACAAAAAUGACAUGGCACAUCUCGCUAUCAGACACCAGAGGGUGUCUGAGGGGAUAAGGCACAAAAUUUCACAUUUUAAAAUGUAAACGGUUCAACUCUAAUCAAAUGUUUAGUUUUUCUGCUUAGACAAAUAAACUCGCUCAGCUUAACUUUGUCAGACAGGUGAUUAGAUUUACUGACAAUUGAAACUGAUGCGGGUCUGGUGUGUGUCACCUUCAGGGCAUGUGAACCUUGUGUGUUUUCUAGCUGUGAUGAAAAGGUACCAGACUCCAUAAAGUAUGCCUACCGUGCCCCAUAGCCUGGGGUGGAAAGACAACACCUGCGCUGGCUUUUACAACCACUAUAAUUGCAAUCCAGGAUAGUUGAAAUAGAGUGAACAUGUCUGGUGUUUUAAAAGAAGAAGAAAAAAAGCUGUAAAGGUCUGUUUGUAAAGUUUUACUGAAUACUUAAAGACAUUCAUUUCUGAUUAAGUACUGUACAUUGCUGUGUGUAGGUAAAACUGGCAUUAGUGCUGGCUCCUGUACAGAACAUUCAAACGGGAUCAAUUCAUGGCAACCCUUCUCUCUCGUCUUAUUUUCUGUGUAAAUAGCCUUGUAGAUAGUAAUGCGUGGUUGUUAUCAUAUAAACUGUUAUAAUCUGUAAAUACAAAAAAGAGAAAAAAACAAUAUAAAAGCUGGUUACAGGAUCUAGCUGUGUCCUUUUUGCUGUUUCAUGUUAGGCUCAAACAGACACUACAAUUUAGGAAUUAGGAUACUCUUAUUUGUUGCAUUUUCACUUUUUUUCCCCUGUUGUUUCCAUUAAUGUGCAUCCUAAAAGUGUUUUUGAUACCAUAGCCAUCUGUUUACCAAUCACCCAGCUGGCAAGCAAGAUAAAAAAUAAAGACAUUUUGUAUGAUAUGACCUCCUGUAUAUUUAAUUAAAAUAUUUUACUAUC